AUGCUGGUCUCUUCCUGCACCUUUUCUCGGUGCUGUGAGUUUGUGGCCGGAGACAGGGUGAUGCUGCGCGGCCAGGGCAUGCUGAAGAGCCGCUGUUGCGUCCUGCUAGGUGACCUGAGGGUGCUCCUGCUCGGGCCACCGGCGCCGCCGACGCCGCUGCCUUCGCUGACCCCCAUGAGCAGUCAAGCCACGGAGAGCCAUGAUCCAGGUGUCGCCGCUGCCGACAACAACAACACGCUAACGAGGAGCCACCAGCACGCGGUGGACCGGACUACCCCACCUGCAGCAGGAGCCACCGGGCCAACCGAGCGGCCGGUGGCGGGCUGGGUGGAUGCUGCAGAGCUGUCGGCGGCGCUGCGCGGCUGCAGUAGCUCCUCUGAUGACUGCUCAAAGGGCAAACUGGAGGAGAGGUUCUCCCUCACCAGCUACUCGGAAAGUGGCUUCAGGACGCCUGUGUGCAGGAUCUGCUUCCAGGGACCAGAGCACGGGGAGCUCCUGAGCCCAUGUCGCUGCAGCGGGUCGGUACGCUGCACCCACCAGCCCUGCCUCAUCAAAUGGAUCAGCGAGAGAGGAUCCUGGGCCUGCGAGCUCUGCUACUACAAAUAUCAGGUCAUUGCCAUCAGCACCAAGAACCCUCUACAGUGGCAGGCCAUCUCCCUGACAGUGAUAGAGAAAGUGCAGAUAGCGGCAGCCAUCUUGGGCUCCCUGUUCCUGAUGGCCAGCAUCUCCUGGCUGGUGUGGUCGUCUUUCAGCCCGUCGGCUCGCUGGCAACGCCAAGACCUGCUUUUCCAGAUCUGCUACGGCAUGUACGGCUUCAUGGAUGUAGUCUGCAUCGCACUAAUUGUCCACGAGGGACCUUCUGUGUUUCGCAUAUUCCACCGCUGGCAGGCCGUGAACCAGCAGUGGAAAGUCCUGAACUAUGAUAAGUCUAUGGACAGCGUUGACCUGAAGGACACCACUGUGGACAGGACUCUGUCUCAGCCCACCCAGGGCUAUCAGACUGGGGUAGGAGUGUCCACCUCCACCUCCUCGCUGAUGGUGGUAGCCUCCACAGCCGACGGCUCCACUUCUACAACUGUGGUGACGGCCUCAGAAGGACUGGGAGCACACAUUGACCCCAACAACGGGAAUGUUGUGCCCGACCAACACUGUCCCUACAACAUCCUCCACCUCCUCAACCAACUGAGGCAGCCAGAGCCUCGCAGCCAACCCAGCAAUAGCACACGAGAGCUGGUCAUGAGAGUCACAACAGUCUGAGGAGUCCG